AUGCCCUUGGCAGCCAUCCGGGCCGUGUCGAAGGGACAGAAUGGCAUCGGCGCAUUCGUCCUUCAAUGCAAGCGCCUCGAUUUCCAUUACUGCGAUUGGGCGGGCAGCAGCAGGGGCAUGAAUGAAUACCUUCGCACCCACCUCGCUCGAUUCGCCGCCUCCAACCCAUCCAUCGAAGUCACCGUCUCCCCGAAACCGCGCCAACACCCCGUGAUCAAGGGCGUUUAUGUGAACGGACGCGAGAAGGCGAUCUGCGUGCGCAACAUGACCCCAGCGGAGAUUAUUAACAAAGUGCAAUUGUUGAAGACAGACAGCGGGGAGAAGAUGAAGAAGAGCCAUCGCGCCGGCAGGAAUAUGGUCACCAGCAUCAACGAGAGCGUCCGAGGCGUGUGGGAUCCUUUCCAUCGGACUGGAGAGAGGUUCAAAAUAUAG